AUGCCAGCCGAGUCUGAGGGCAGCGAUAGGCCUGCUAAGAAGGUGUCCGCCGCAAAGAUGCCUGACUCAGAUUCUGAUUCUGAUUUAUCCUCACCAACUUCUCUACCAAGCUCGCCUGGCUCCGAGGCUGCCUCAAGUGUUGGAGAAGAAGGACCAGAUGCUCGUAAGAACUUCAUAGACCUAAUCGCUGGUCGGGCUCGUCAAGUCCUGGGCCAGGCUUACGCCAAUGUGGUGCAGAAUAACAUCGCAGUGCCACCGCCAAAUAUCCCAAAUCAGCAGCCUACCAGCUCGAAUUCGGCUCCCCACCAAGUGCCCAGCUCCAAUGAGCCUGUCGAAGAAAACAGCGAUGGCGAUGCUACCGGACAAGAAGAUGAUGGUACAUUCAACUAUCCUUCGCCUAUGUCUCAGAACAUACCUUCUGCUCAGGAAAUUGGACCCAUUGCACACCUCAGAAGACGUGCUCAGAUGUACGAGGACUUCGGCGCACGCGACUCGUUCGUCAACCGCGAGUUGCCCUCUGAGAAUCCCGAGCACUUCACUCGUCGCUCGACAUUGCACACCAAGUUCUUCAUCAAGAAGGUCUCCACCAUUCAGUGCGACGAAUGCAAGGCUAAGGGCAAAGGAGAGGAAAUCUACAAGUGCAGCCAAUGCGUAAAGCAGAUUUGCCGUUCGUGCAUGGAAGGUCUUCUCAAGCGUGAACGUCAGGCGCAACAGGAGCAGGACUCGAACACAGACAUCCAAGAUGGCGAGCGAGAUAUCUACAAGUGGAACUGGCAAGGCCAAUAUCGUCACGAAGGCUUCAAGCUGUGCUAUCUUGCCCGCGAGGACGCGAAUAGCAAGGGAAAUUUCCAGAUCGACAUUCCUCUCUAUCUACUUGGCCCGCUGGACCCCGACUUCGGUGCUGGCACUGUUACUAUCUACAUGGUUCGAGACAACGGCCAUGACGACGCCCCUCGUAAGGGAACGAGACGUCGUCGUGGUUUUCAGCUUGAGUCGGACACUUCGAGCGAGGAAGCUCCACCCGUCGCACGGCGCCGUUCUCCAUCGAAGCCUCUCAAGAAGCCGGCCAAGAAGCGUCAGCGCAUCUCUUCGUCAGGCAGCCCUGUCCUACUAUCACGCCCAGCAGUUCCUAAUCAGGCUCAGAAUCAUGCGGUCCGACAGGAGUUGUCUGGCAUGACCUCUAGGAAUCUGCAGCGGCUGAAUCGCAUCCAGGAUGCGGCUGCUACGACAGCGGGUAGACCUCUCGGUCCAGCCCACCACGCUGAUCACGCUUCUGCCCGUGCUGCCACUGCUCCUUUGGCUCGACCUAAUGCCUACCAGCAGCACGCGACAUCGUAUGCUCCUCGAACACAGGCGCCGUCACAAUACGGUCCGACUCCCACACAUAAUAUUCAUGGCCUUCAUACAGGUCUAACUCACUAUGCUGGUCCUACUGCCCCGAACCUUCCUCAGGCACAGCAACCUGCUCCGAACUUUGUUCCACCUCCUCCCCAAACUCUGAUCCAUUUACCUGAUGGCUUAGGUGGAGUCCAGGUGAUGACAUGGGCUGAUUUCCAACGCCAAAACCAGGGGUUCGUUCCUUUUCAUGCUGGUACAUCGCACCGUCAACCCGAGCCUCAACGUCCUGGUCCUGCUCGUCCGACCAGACAAGUCCCCACUCCGAUCGACACAAGCCUCGCUCAAGCUUCAGAGCACCACGAGCUGAACCCUGAAUAUGAGCCACGCAACCUCGUUCGACGAGCGAGCACCGCGCCACGGGUGGUUCAAGGACGACGUGCUACUGCCAGUCAGCGUCCUGGAGUUGCUUCGGCCCGUAGAAACACCAUGCGUCAGGCUAUGGCCGGAUUCAGACUCCAAGCUGAAGGUACAGUCUCUGGACGUCAGGUUGCGUAUCUGCCCUUUGCAAAUGCGGGCCACGGUGCACCCAUGCCGCGUGUGCCGGGACCUUUGGUUGCGUUCUAUGAUGCCAUGCCAUAUCAACAAGUUGUGGCUAUGGGCGACGCGCGAUGGAGACAGGCGACGCAAGCUGGAACUAUCAACGCUGCUCGCAGACCUUCCGCGGUCACGAUCUCUUCUGAUGAAGACGAUAAGAACCAUGAAGAGGAAGAUGCUGGAGCUGUUCUAGACGCUCCUGAAGUGGCCAGUGACCGCAUGAAUCAGGACUCAAAUGACAGUACAGGGCUAUAUCAGGCUCCAAGUACUCCUGGGUCGGGCGACAGUGUCGUCGACUAUGCUAUCAACUCGAGCCCUCCGCUAUCUACGCCUCAGCAGCCGGAUCGCCCAUCAGCAUCCACUAGCGCCCCUCCUCUCGUUGAGCAGCCGCGUCACGCGCCAGCUUUGCGACCUUCCGCUCCUAAACCGUCGCCUCUGCGCAACCUUCUCGCUGCCAAUUACUUCGCCGAUGAUGAUGAUGACGCUGACGAUGAAGCUGAAGCUGACGACCAUGGCAACGACGAGGACGAAAUCGAAGUGGAUCUUGCUGAAACCAAAGAUGAGCCAAAGGCCGAAGAUGACAGUGCCACCAUUAUCUUGAGCCCCAAUCAGCCAAACACCCCCAACGAGCCCAACGAACGCCGUCAGCAGCUCGCAACUGGUUCUUUGCUAUCUACAGCACGCUCUCCAGGACUUCGCUCCACCCGUCCUCCGUAUUACACCGCGCACCACAGUCCUCAGCGCGCAGAAGACCAGAUCCGCGAGAACCGCCAGGAGGCCUACGUGCAGGCCCGUUUCCGCCAAGCCCUGCGCCAGCUUCCAGAGUCUGAAGAGCUGGGUCUCCCUGCUGGUCCUCUGGGCACGCGUCACAUGGAUGUUGUCUCUGGUGUAGGUGUCGUCCGCAACAACCCUCGCCCGAGCUUGCACAUUGACGAGAACGGCCAUGCGUCUAUCAUCACGCAGGCGCCUGUAGGUGGCAUGCUCCCUCCUGCUCAGCCAUCGCGCGGUAAUGCCCAAGCCGAGCCUCGUGAUGAGACCGAGGCCGAGGACGAGGACGAUGCCGGUGACGACUACACCGCCGUCCCAGCCAGCUCCCCGCUCCCUUCGGAGCAGGCUGACGAGAGCUCCCCGGCGCCCGCGUCUUCUCUCUUCGCCGCCGUUCCGCCCACCCCCACCCGCCGCACCCGCUCCGGCAUCGAGUACACCGGCCUGGGCAUGGAGGAGACCGGGCGUGUGAUCCGCCGCACGCCGCGCAAGUACGCCGGCGGCAGCAAGGGCAAGGGCAAGGGAGGCAAGGGCAAUGAGUCCGACUGA